AGACACAGGCUACAUGACCCCCUCCCCCUUCCAUCAUUUUCCCAUCUCUCUUACUCACUCUCAUCUCUACAACAAACAUGGCCGCUAAAUCUGACGGUGCACCCGUUUCAUUGCGAAACGAAAGCCCACCCGAGUGCCCCUCCAGCCUGGACCAACGCUCGCCGCAGUGCCGUCCCGCCGAGAAGCGCUACUCCCUCCUGGACUGCUGCUGGACGCUGUGCGCCCUUUUGGUCUUUUUCUCGGACGGGGCCUCAGACCUGUGGCUGGCCGCGGAUUACUACUUAAGGGAAAACUAUUGGUGGUUUGCGUUGACUCUAGUCUUUGUGAUAGUCCCCUCGGUGGUCGUGCAGGUGUUGAGCUUCAGAUGGUUCGCCUACGAUUAUGCGGAGACCACCGAGAGCGGCACGGCUGCCGCGGUGGUCGCAGCGACGGGCACGGAGAACAAUUUCAGCACCAAGGACAGCGAUCAGCGGGGCGCUGGCCGCGCUGCUGCGGUCGGGGGGCUGCCUGCUGCGGGCACAGGGGGAGGUGCCCACGGUUGCUGCAGAGUCUUUAUGUGGAUCUUUCAAGCCAUCAUUCACAUAUUUCAGCUUGCACAGGUCUGGAGGUACGUCCACGCCUUGUAUCUGGGUGUGCAGAGCCGUUGGCGCGGCGACCACGAGCGCCACCACUUCUACUGGAGCAUGAUGUUCCAGAGCGCUGAUAUCAGCAUGCUGCGUCUGCUGGAAUCCUUCCUCAAAAGUGCCCCUCAGCUUGUUCUGCAGCUCAGCAUUAUGGUCCAGGCCCGCCAGGUCCCUCCUCUGUCCCCAGGGCUCUCUGCCUCCGCCUCUCUGAUAUCUCUGUCAUGGAUGAUUGCCUCCUAUCAGAAGGUCCUGAGGGACUCCCGAGACGACAAGCUCCCCAUGACCUACAAGGCAGUCAUCAUCCAAAUCCUCUGGCACCUGUUCACCAUCGGCGCGCGGACCAUGGCCUUCGCGCUGUUCGCCUCCGUGUUCCAGCUCUACUUUGGCAUCUUCAUCGUGGCCCACUGGUGCAUCAUGACCUUCUGGAUCAUCCAGGGUGAGACAGACUUCUGCAUGUCCAAGUGGGAGGAGAUAAUCUACAACAUGAUGGUGGGCAUCGUGUACAUCUUCUGCUGGUUCAGCGUGAGGGAGGGGCGCACGCGCUGCCGCAUGCUCAUCUACAGCCUGACAGUGUUUGUGGAGAACGUGGCCCUCACCACCCUGUGGUACCUGUACCGCGGCCAGCACACCUCCGACUUCUCCGCCGUGGCGCUGGUGUGCGUGGUGGCCAGCAGCUACGCCCUGGGCACCUUUUUCAUGUGCGUGUACUACGGCCUGCUGCACCCUGAUGGCCCCGCCUCCGGCUGGGGCCACGGCGUGGAGAAGGAGCGCCUGGAUGACGAGCCCCUGGCGUCCCCGGCCUCCACCCUGCCCCCCGACGUGGUGGCCAGCCCCCCCAGGACCCUGCCAAGGACUAAGGACCGCGAGCAGGGGGCCGGGGGGUCGGCCGACGUCUUUCAGGUGCGGGCGACCCGGGGGGCUCAGGCCUCGCUGCCGCGCCUCACCCCCAGGACUGAGGGCCCGGUGAUCCGGAUAGACCUCCCCAGGAAAAAGUACCCGGCCUGGGACGCCCACUUCAUCGACCGCAGGCUGCGCAAGACCAUCCUGGCGCUGGAGAGCGCCGCUCCGGUGACACCCAGGAUCCAGUACCGCUGUCUGGGCACGGCCAAAGAGGUGAUGGAGUACGAGACCACCGUGUGA